AUGUCCCACACAGCCUUCUUCUACGGCACCCUAAUGGCGCCUCCGGUCCUCCACCGCGUAAUCUGGGGCUCACCCAGCCCUCCGACCCCCGCCCACGCCUCCCUCCUGAAAAUCCAACCCGCAAUCCUGCACGCGCACCAGCGCCGCAAAGUACGCGGUGCGGAUUACCCGGGCGUCGUGCCGGUCAGCACUGCCGCUUCGGUACGAGGAACCCUCGUGCAAGGUCUCACCGACGGCGAUAUCUGGCGCCUCGAUGUGUUUGAGGGGAGUGAGUAUGUGAGGCGGAAGGUCGGGGUCAGGGUUCUUCUUCCCUCUACGAGUCGCGAAGUGAAGGACGAGGGCAUGGGCGAUUUGGCCCAGAAAGAGGAGGAUAAUGUCGAGGGCGACGAGGAAGUAGAGGCGGAAACGUAUAUUUGGGUUGCAGGCGAGCAUAGAUUGGAGGAUGACGAGUGGGAUUUUACAGAGUUUGUGAGGGAGAAGAUGGGGAGGUGGGUUGGUGGGGUGGAACUUGAAGAUGUCGACAAUGCAGUAGCAGCAGCACAGGGCGAUCCAACUGGGGGCCGCGGCGCAAAUGGCGAUAUAACACGGCAGUUGAAUCAAGAAAGCAGCAGGGCAAGCAGCAAGAUACUCGAGAGUGCAGUAUAAAUAAAAACCAGAGUCCGUUA